AUCUUCAUCCUUCGGGGGGUCUCCUCCUCCUGCUGCCUCCUCACCGCCGCCAUCAGCCUCUUCCUCCUCGGCGCCGUCCUCCUCCUCCUCAUCGCCACAAGGAGGCGGGCGAAGGAGGGGAGAGGAGGAGGAAAAAAGAAAAAAAGAUCACCGUCCUCUAGCAGCGGCUCCUUCCCCCUCCAACACCACCCUGCGAAAAAAUACCCACCGCCAGCGACAGGGCUGGGGGGGAGGCGGCGGGGGGAGUGGCACGGCGUGCGCGGGGUCCCCAGCUCCACUCGCUUCUUCCUCGCCCGUCGCUAAUGGCUGCAGAAAGGGGAGCUGUAAGGAUGAGGAGGCAGGCUGCCCCCCCCUCCGGCGCAGGCAGAGGGGCCGAUCCACAGCAGCGGCAAGAGGAGGAGGAGGAGGAGGAAGAAGCCGGCCCCUCCCGCCCUCUCUGCCUACCUUCCCCCUUCCCGGGCGGCCGAGGAUGGUGGCAGGGAGGGGGCUGCCUGUCUCAGCUCCCCCGGACCCACGGGCGAUGCGGGGCGCGAUGAGCGAGGGAGGAGACCCUCGGCCGCUGUUCGGGCGCGGGGGACUCCCCCUUCGCCUCUGCGAGGGUGGGGAAGGGAGCGAAGAGGUUGGAAGUCGGGGUGGGAGGGGAGGCCGCGCAGCGACCCCUCCGAGAAGAGGAUCGAGAGGUAAAAUUAAAAUAAUAAAACAGGAGAAAAAUCACGGCGGGGAAGGCCGGGGGAUUCGCCCCGGAAUGGCCGGGCGGGGGAGGGGGUCCCCGGCGCGCCCGGGGGGGGGGGGGCCGGGGCGGGACGGCGGCAGCGCGGGGGCCGAGCGCAGGCUCCCUACUGCCCCUGCCUGGCGCUCCGGGAGCGUGUUUGCGGAGCGGGCAAAGCGGGGGCGGAGGGCAGUGCGGGGAGAGAAAAUUCCGGGAAAAGGAGAAGAGAGAAAAGGAAACAGAGAGAGGGAAUAGCGAGGGGACGGGCAGGCUGGGGUUGGGGGGGGGGGGGACGUCUAGGCUCCUCGCUUCUCUCCCCGUCCCCUGUCCGAGCCCCUGGGCCUCUGUGCGCUGCCCUCCCCCUGGCUCGCCCCGUCCGGCUCGGCCUCUCGCUCCCUUCUCCUCCCUCCGUCGCUCACACACAAACAAAAUGGCGGCUGUUGUUCCUUCGCUCUCCCGAGCCCUCGGAGGGAAGCGGCGGUGGCGGCGGCGGCCGGAAAUGAGCCAAGAGAACACGGGGGGCGGGGCCGCCACCG